UAUCCAGGAAUUCUGGCUUCACGUACAUUAAACACAGGAAGUUAACACAGGACAGACAUCUCUACCUGCCAGACCAAAUACACCUAGACCCCAGAAGUGGAACCAAACUACUAGUUGCCGACGUCAAACGCACACUCAAUGCAUCGCCACCUACACCAACAGCGGGCCCGCCACAGCUUCCGACGCCGCGCCCACAACGUGGAUACCGCUCCUCCGACCAACACGCUCACCCAAGGCCUCAAACUGCCGCCACCAAACGUGACAAUGCCAUCCCGACACGAGACUGGUUCAAGAACAGUGUGAAUGCCAUUCCACUUGGAUCGAGGAAGCCUGUCAGUCCUGCUAGUCUGACAUCCAACCGAAACCCUACAACAGGAAGCCGACCUGGUGGAACCCAACAAGUCGUGACCUCACCGAUCACCACGGGAAGCCGGUCUAAUGGAACUCUACAAGUCCCGACUUCACCGAUCGCCACGCUGCAGUUACGACCCACCAAACAGACAGUUCUCCAGUGGAAGCAGAUUGGAAAGCGUUUCCGUAAAGCAUGGGACAUUCUCACAUCUUGAUUUCUGGGACCUUAAAUGAACUUUGAUACCAUCCUUCACAGACAUGUAAAGCCGUAGAGGUAAAGUUAUUCCUUAUCUUCAUACUAUGUUCACUCUCAAUUCUAGAGGAGUUUAUUCUCCUUUUUUUACAACUAUUUCGUAUGCAUAUGUCAUAAUACCGAUCCCAUGUAGAUAUUGUGUACUCCUAUUCAAAUACGGAGGAUGUCAAAAACAUCUGCACUAGUAUUUUCUUCUUGGAAUAUCCAGGGAAGCUGUUGCAAGAAAUUCAAAGAUGACGAAUUUCUUUCAUAUGUAGAAAAUAGCGACAUCAUUUGUGUUCAAGAGACCUGGCUAGACAGUUAUGUAGAUUUAGACUUACCAGGUUAUAGUUUUUUCACUAGCAGUAGAAUUAGAAGUAAAGGGGCUAAACGGAAUUCAGGUGGGGUAGCAGUUAUUUUUAAAAGUUUGUACAGGAGAGGGAUUUCCAAAUUAGUUAGU